AUGUCAUAUUCAAUUUUAACAUCACUUUACAUUAGCACAGUAGCUUUAAGCGUAAUUUUAAUAACAUUUCUAUUAUAUGUAUUAUUAUUCAAAUCAUCAUAUUACUUUACAAAAUGGACAAUUUUUCAAUUAUACGUUUCACUAUUAUUAUAUUCAACCAUUAAUGUUACCCCAUUAGCAAUUUAUGGUGACGAUUUAAUAAACCAAACAUUUGACGAUGGCCCAAAAAAAUUAAUUUGUAUACUACAAAAAGACAUAGGGGAAGUUUUUAUAUACCCUGUAUGUUUAUUUCCUUUAGUUUUAGCAUUUUAUCAAUGGUACGCAAUAGCAAAAAAUAAUUUGUAUAUAGAAAAUUUAUGUUUUUGGUAUUUCACCAUUGUUAUUUGGGGUGCUUCGAUUGCCUACACAUUGUGGAACACUUUUGCAGAUAAAAAAGAAAGAUUUUGGGGUACUAUGGUUGGUCAUUCAUUAUGCAUCUUAUUUGUUCGUUGGAAAAAUUAUGAAAAAUAUUACAAUCGUUUAACUGCAAUUAGAUUGGUGACAAAACCAAAAAUUUCGGAUAAUGGUGAUAUUGAUAAAGCAUAUUACUUUUCCGAUUAUGUUAAUUCAACAAGUGGAAUAGUGGCGUUUUUAAUAUUUGGUACAACAAAAUCUGCUGUAUUCUUUUUACCAUGCUGUUAUUAUUCACCACCAGAUGAAAUAUUAAGUAGUGGCGAUAAGGUGAUUAUUGAGAUUAACGAAGCAUGGUUAUCAUCAUAUGGAUCAAUAUAA